AUGGAUGUGGAUGCGCCACUUCAGGCGCCUGAACAACCGGUCGCAGACGCUGACGAUGAAGAAGCUAACUGGGAAAUGGAAAAAGCCGAAAUGAAACGGAUUGAGUUCAACCAAAAUCGGGAACUGACCGAUAUGCGUGAGCGUGUGGAAGACGUAUCGCGAUCGAACAGUCGAAUGCUGGAAGAACUUACUCGUCAUGCGGCUGAAAUUAAAGAGCAUAUAAACAGACAAAGGGUUCUGGAAUCAACGCGAAAUGAGCUUACUGACAAGAAUUUGGAGUUGGAAACUGUAGUUUCUCGUUUGAAAAUUGAGAAGGAAGAACGGGACGCCGCUGUUGUUAACGCCACAAAGUUGGCACAAACUGCUCAAGUCGAGACAUUUGCUCUGAAAGAUGAAAUAAAGAAGCUAACCAACGAGCAAGCAAGUUUAAGACACUCGAAGGAAGCUCUUGAAAAAGAAAUCCAAGGAAUUCAGUUUGAACGACAAAAAUAUGCCACAGAACGUAGUCUUCACGCUGAAUCAAAAACGUGGCUCAUGCAAGAGGUUUCAGAGCGGGACAACAAAGUUUCCUCGCUUCGUCUCGAACUCAGCAAUAAAGAUAUACAAGGCGCCAAUGAACGUUUGCAGUAUGUUCAACAGAUCAAUCUUCUCAACUCACAGGUCGAGAAUUUGAAUGAAAAACUUGACAUGCUCAAGUUUACAAAUGCCGAUUUGAUUAAAAGAAUGGAAAACACUGAACUAUCGAAGGUUUCUGAAAUCGCUAAUUUGGAAGAGGAAAUUCGAUGCCAAACUGAACUUCAACGAGUCAUGAAAUCGUCAAUGGAAGAGUCGAAAAAUGCUGCUGAUCUUUUCAAAGACCAACUCGAGGCUCAGGAAAAUGUUUUAGUUGAAGUUCGAAAAGUUCUCCAAGAGCACCAAGAUGAAAUGGAAAGAGAAAAUCUUGCUCAUGCAGAUGCCAUCAAACACCGCGAUGAGGAGCUUGCACAAACUCGUGCAGAGUUAGUAAAGGUCACUGAGAUGAUGAAAAGUAUGAGUGACGUGAAGUUGAAUGUUUCUGAAGAGGAACUCUCUGAACUUGCUCCAGCUGCAGCUGAGACUGUUCGAUAUUUGAGAGGAGGUCAAUCGCUCAGUAGUCUUGUACUUGAACAUGCUCGUGUUCGUGGAAAGCUGACAGAAGUUGAAGAGGACAAUGUGAAUCUUCGGAAUACACUUGAGGAACUUUUGGAAACAAUUGAUCAAAACAAGCCACAGAUGAUUUCGCAGAAGAUGGUGACUGAUGAGUUGUUUGACAAAAACAACAGAUUCGAAAAACAACUUGAUUUGGCGGAAUCAGAACGGAGACAAUUGUUGAGCCAACGGGACACUGCUCAACGUGAUCUUGCUUAUGUUCGGGCAGAGCUGGAAAAGUAUCAGCGCGAUUAUGAAUUUGUCUCAAAACGAAACGCGGAAUUGCUGUACGCUGUUGAACGUCAAAGCAGAAUGCAAGAUCCAAACUGGAGUGAACAAGCUGAUGAGCAACUUUUCCAAAACAUCGUCCAACUACAACGACGAAACGUAGAGCUCGAGUCAGACAUUGAGAAUGCUAAAGCAAGUGCUGCACAAGCUGCUAUAAACGCCCAAAGUGAAGAAAUGGCACAACUUCGUGCCGAUCUUGCUGUAACCAAGAAAUCGGAAGCUGAGUUGAAAACUAAGGUGGAGCAAACAAAGGCUGCAUUCGACAGUUUGAAAGAACGAACUGAGCAUUUCAAGGAAUUGGUCAGAGACAGUGUCACUGCAGCUGAAGCGAGAACAGCUCGCUUGAGAGCGGAAGAAGCUAUUGCUGCGAAGGUUGUUGCUGAUGCUACUAUCGAGCGUUUGAGGACCCAGGCGGAAGAUUACAAGGCAGAUCACCUCCGUCGAGAGCAAGACCUUGAGCAGAGAAUCAGGAAUACAGAGGCAAACAUUGCUAGUGUUACAGAAACUAACAUUAAGCUGAAUGCGAUGCUUGAUGCUCAGAAAACCAACACAGCUUCAAUGGAUCAGGAGUUCAAAUCAGCUUUGAAAGAGAAGGAAAAUAUUUUCGAAGAGCUAAAGAAGGUCACCGCAGUCAAUGCAGAAAAUGAACAGCGUCUCGUUGAUUUAGGAAGACAAACGCUCGAAGCAGUUGAACAAGCUGGAAGUCUACGAGUUCGAGUAAGGUCAUUGGAGGAUGAACUACAAAGUGCGCGAACUGAAAUAAAUUCUCUCCAAUUCACUGCAAACGGGCAAAGAAAUAUUCUCGAAAAAGAAGAACAAGUGAGAAUGUCAGUUGUUGAAAUGGCGAAUUUCCUCUCACGCGUAGAAGCUGAGAGACUUACUCAUGCAAAUACUCAACUAGAUGUUCUUCGUCUUGAACGAGACAGCUUGAAAGCUUCAACAACUCGCUUGAGUGAUCAGCUUACUCAUACUAAGAAUGAAUCGAAGCUUGUACAACAGCGAUUGGAGAAAGAAUUAGAAAUUGCGAGACAACGACUUUCCGAGAAAGAAACUCAAGUAACCCGCGAUGAGAUGGAGCUUGCAGAUCUCAGAUCGAAACUGGCCUCGAUGCAUAGUCAAUAUACUGGAUCAGAUGCGUCUGGUAUGACUCCGGAUCGUUUGAAGAGAGAGUAUAUGCAAUUGAAGACUCGAACCCAAUUCUUGGAAAGUGAGCUCGAUGAUGCUAAACGAAAGCUCUUGGAAUCUGAGACUACUCAGAAACGAAUGGAUGCUGAACACGCAAUCUCUGCUUCGCAUAACACUGUCCUAGAAGAGAAUCUGAAACAAUCUGAACAAAUGGGAGUCAUGGAGAAGGAAAGAUUGGUAGCCAAGGCAAAAUGUUUUGAAGACCGUUCUAAACAACUUGCUGAGUCUCUUGAACAAAACCAGAAAAAACUCGAUGAACUUCGUUCAAAGAAUGAUGAGCAACUUUUUGCACACGAGAGAGAAACAAACGAGCUUCGUCGUCAGCUUCAAGUUGCUUCUCUUAACUUGGAUGGCGUUAGAAGAGAACUCGAGGUGGUCAACAACAAUUUGAUAAGUAUGCAGAAUGAAGCUACCAGAAAUUCAUCGGCGUUGGAGCAACAUACAACAAUCGUUCGUCAAUUUGAAGAUAGAAUCACUGAAAUUGAAUCUGCUAAUCUUCGUCUUCAAACCGAAUUGAACAAUAAGUGUGCCGCUCUUGUGGCCGAGUCGACGGCUAAGCGUGAGGCUGAUCAGAUGAUAGAGCACGCCGAAAGGCUACUUCAAAAGAAAACUGAAGAACUCAAUAGUAUUGAAGAAGAAAAUCGUCAAAAACAAGCUGAGUAUGACGAGAAACUUGCUCAAUUAUCUCUUCAGUAUGAAUCGUUGUCCGCGAAUCUCACGAAUCAAAACACAACGAUGGAGGUAAAGGUCAACACUGACGGUUCAUCAAGUACAGUGGAAAAUCUUCAAUCGUUGUUACAAUUCGUUCGUCAGUCAAAGGAUGAGGCUACAUCAAGAGCAAUGACGGCUGAAGUUGAAAUGCGCAGAUUGCGAGCUGAAACUGCAGAAUACGAAAGAGGACGUAAUGAACUUUUGCGAAAGAUUCGGGACUUGGAGACAGAAAAAAUUGCAACGACGGCUGCCUUAGUAGAGAAAGCAAGCUUAAUGGAAAAGAUUCAAGCAUUAACUGACGUUCAUAAUAUCAAUGCGAAAUUGACUGAAGAGAAAACCAAAUUACAAGCACAGCUUCAUCAAAUUCAAAAAGAGAAAGCGGACCUUGAAAAUCAAAGAUCACGUCUUUCCGCUUCGAAUGAAGAACAGAAGCUCAAAAUUGCAUCGUCAGAUCAAGAGGCAAAUCAAAGAAAACGUGAAAUUGAACAGCUGAAGCAACGUGUUCAGACUAAUGCAAGAGGAGCAGCUUCUCAACCUCAAUUGGAUCAAUUGAAGGCGCAAUUGGCCACAGCACGCCAAGAAUCAGCAGCUGCCACGGCAAAGGCGAAAGCGGCAGAAGACAAGUUCAAUCAAACUCGCCAGCUUGCCAUUAAAUAUCGCAACGAGAAUACGGAGUUGAAAAAACUUGCUGAGGCUCCUCCUGGUGAAGGUGAUCCAUGUGCUGCACGCCUCAAGCUACAAUUCGAUGAUUUCACUGCAAAAAUUAAUGAUUACAAGACAGAGAUAGAGAAUCUGAAUAUGAAAGUUCUUCGAAUGGGAAUUUUGGAAAAGAGUUUAAAGAAUACAAAUGAUCAGAUAAACCAACUGAAACAGGAAAAUUUGAAAUUGACGGAAAACAUUCGGAUGGCCCAAUUGCAAUCCGUGUCUGCAACAGAUGUUGAAUCAAAACCUGGACCAUCGUCAGCUUCAAAAUCUGUAUCGUCUAUCAGACAAACUCCAACAAAAGUUCUCGACCCGUUGUCGUCUGCAGCCAAGCAACCGAAUGAGCCAGAUCAAACAACUGGACUGAAAACAUCUCAGCAACCACCAUCGUUCGCUGCCAAGAGACCUUCGUUCGCUCCAACGCCAACUUCUCAGCAAAAGGUUUCUCCGGUAAAACGCCCAAUCCCACCAUCAAUUCCCAAUGAACCUUUGGAUAUUAUUCCUCCAGUUCCGAGUGACAACAUUCCAGAUCCAACUCCACCAACUAACAGUUUCGGAACUGUUCUUCCCGUUCCACAUACAUUCCAAACAUCUGUUCGUGUUCCUACUCAAUCUCUCUUCUCAUCUUCGUCUACAACUACAGUCCAGCCACAACCGGAGAAGAAAAAUGUACUUCCAAGUAUUGAUUCAGCUCCAAGUACACCAGGAGGUAAUUCUUCUAUGGUUACCACAACUUCUUCCAUGGCCCCAGGGCAAUCAAUUUUCGGAAACAUCGGGAAUGUACCGGUCCCGACUACAGCACCAACUGACAAUCUUGCUCUUCCAGAAGAAAGUGUAAUUGAAGGAUCUGCAGGUCAGAGCAGUUUGGUUAGUGGAAGCAUCGAUCAACGGAAGGUUCAAGAUAUUGAUCUCGUAGCUAAUGAUGGUGAAUCACGUGAUAGCACAAAUGUUGGAGGUGUAUCCAGCUCUGAUGUUCGUCGCAAAAGAACUGCAAAUGAUUUCGAGUUGAGUGAAGCCAAGCGCUUGAGAGAAAGUCCAAAUGAAACAGUCACAAGUAGUGAGACUCGACAACAAAGCAACGUUGCCGAUAUUCCAGAGCUAGAUGACGAUGAUGGUGUUCUUGGUAUGGAGCAUGAAGUCAGUGAUGAAGAUCCGAAUGAUAAUACAAUUCAAGAACAACGGCCGGAUGUUAUUGAUCUGGAAAAUGAUGAAGAAGUUCUUGAAGAUGAAAUGGACGAAGAGGAGGAUGAUGAUAGCUUCGGAAAUGACGAAGAAUUUGAGGAUGAAGAAGAAAUUCCUGAAGAUGACGACGACGAUGAUGUUGUUGUCCUAUCCGAUGGAGAUGAUGAACCAGCAAAUGAUAAUGAUGAAGAGAGUCUCAAUGAUAUUGAUGACGACGAUGGUAUUGAGGAGAUCGAGAUGGUUGAAGAAUCAAACAACCGUGAUAUUGAAGAAGUUCUCGGAGGAGAAGACUCGCAACCAUCACUUGAUGAUCAAGAUCGUGAGGCAGCUUCUGCUGUUGAAGAGGCUGAAGACGAAGGGCGUGAUCCAUUAGGAACUAUUGACGAGCCGAGUGCACCCGCUGAUCCUACUGGUGCCGCUGGUAUUGGUAGCUCUGGAAGAAUGGGCCAAGACGUGCAGAGAGUUCGGCUUCCAACGGGGCUUCGUGACGCCGAAAGAGAGGAUCAAUGUUCGAGCAGAUUUUUCAGUAAUGAAACAAACGAUGAGCGACCAGCUGAACGUUUAACUGCUCGCAAUCUCGCUCGUAUGCAACGUCCAACCCGUGGAGCUAAACCAACUCGUGGAGUUUAUACGCCUGCUCGUGGCAAUCGAGGAGGUCGUGGAGGUGGAACCGCUUAAACAAACCAUUCAAUGCAACAUGAAUUGUUUCCAUUUUUAUUUAUCAUUCAUACGUUCCCCAGUUGUUCUCUAUUUAUUUUUGAUCCCGUAAGAUUAACACCUCGUAUUGGAUUGCAGUUUCUACUGUGGUUUUUCAAUACUUCGAUGGUGGGUUUUAAAUGAAACUGUAAAUGCAAC